AUGGCCAAGUCCAGAUCCUCGAGCGAACAACUUCCUUCCUCGACUCCAGGCGGCUCACCAGCUCCGUACGGCUUCGCCAGCUACUACAACACAGCCACCUUGAACGCGCAACAUGCCGUUGGAACGCAACCUUACCCGCCCCCACGUCGUAAGAAACUCCCCAUGUUGGCACUCAUGCCUUUUGCUGCGGGGGUCCAUCCGUCUCCGAAGCCUCAAUCGCUUCAGAUACCAUACCAACAGCAGCAGACACAACAGUCGCUUCAGAUACCACAUCUCCAAACGCGGCAGCAGCAACAUCCACUUCAAAUACCGCACCAGCAUCAUCAUCAUCAUCAUCAGGGCCAAAAUCAACAACACAACCAUUACAAAUUCCAGCAAUAUCAACCACCGUCCCACCAAUACCAGCAACACCCCCAGUCUCAGGCUCAGGCUCAACCCACAAGUGCAACAUACACUCCAGUACCACCCUCUAUGAAAACUACUCCGACGUGAAAAAAAAACAAUCCUACUUUCGAGUCCUGAAAGUUUUCUCAUGCCCUAUCCCCUCCAUGACUACGUGUCUACCGCC